CGUCAAAUGACCGUUUGCAUUCCGUCUCUCGUGCAUUAUAAAAAUGUGAGGAGCUCAUUCCUGCCUUCACAGGCUUUGCUCUCGUUGUAUUUGGAUCUGCACUCAAAUCAGUGAUCGUGUUAUCUCUCUCCAUCUGAAAGAAGAGAUGGGGUUGUCUUUCGGUAAGCUAUUUAGCCGGCUCUUUGCCAAGAAAGAGAUGCGUAUUCUGAUGGUAGGUCUCGAUGCUGCUGGUAAGACUACCAUCUUAUACAAGCUCAAGCUCGGAGAGAUCGUGACCACCAUUCCUACAAUUGGGUUUAACGUAGAGACUGUGGAAUACAAAAACAUUAGUUUCACGGUUUGGGAUGUUGGUGGCCAGGACAAGAUUCGUCCUUUAUGGAGACACUAUUUCCAAAACACACAAGGGCUCAUCUUUGUUGUUGAUAGCAAUGAUCGUGAUCGUGUUGUUGAGGCCAGAGAUGAACUUCACCGGAUGUUGAAUGAGGACGAGUUGAGAGAUGCAGUACUUCUUGUAUUUGCCAACAAGCAAGAUCUGCCAAAUGCUAUGAAUGCUGCCGAAAUCACGGACAAGCUUGGUCUUCAUUCUCUCCGUCAGCGCCACUGGUACAUCCAAAGCACGUGUGCCACUUCUGGAGAAGGACUCUAUGAGGGACUGGACUGGCUCUCCAACAAUAUAGCCAACAAGGCUUAAAAGGCAAUCAUGUUCGAUGGGAUGCUGCAAUCUUUACUUUAGAGUGGGCUUUUGGCUUGUAUCAUCACAUUGAUUGACACUGAUUCUGUUCCUGCGUGAUUUUUCCCCAGUUUAGUUAAUUGUUAUAUUGUUAUGUCAUAUGCUAGCAAAUCUGUGUUUUGAUUAAUUUGUUUCUGUAGAUUCUGAAUAAAUGAAUGAAUUACAUAUACGCUUCAUUAGCUUAGUUGUCUUAGAAUUAGACACCAGUGAAGUGAGUAUAUAUUGUCAAAUCAUUUUUUUCAAUUGAAAAAAGUAAUGGUUUUUCUGUGGA